UCCCCAGGCCACUGGCAGCUGAGCCCUCCGGGCAGACCUGGGUCUGGGCAGACGGCUCCACCAGUGUGACAGUGGACAGGGACUUCUCUACGCUGGACACUGGGAAGGGCCUUUGCCCCAUGCCCGCGGUCGGUGGGCACUGACAGAGAAGAUCACUUUCUGCUGGAGCCCUCCCUCCCACACGCUUCCCACGACCCCUCCAGGAAGAGGCCCUGGGACCCCCGCUGAGAGCCCCAGAUGGGAGGACGACUGUGCUAUGACAGUGACAGAGGCCAAGGAGGAGAAAGCUGAGGCCUGCUGACAGCCCCACAUCCUGUCCACAGCUGCAACUUCCACCUCGGGCCUUCCUCCUGGGGACUCGCGGGGCGCCCACUCUCCGAGCACAGCAUGGUGGUCCAGGACAGCUCGGAUGCUGGGGACACCAGGAUGGGCGUGCAGCUGGAGCCCUUCCUGCACCAGGUCGGGGGGCACCUGAGCGUGAUGAAGUACGAUGAGCACACUGUGUGCAAGCCCCUCAUCUCCCAGGAGCAGAGGUUCUAUGAGACCCUGCCGCUGGCCAUGAAGCGCUUCACCCCGCAGUACAAAGGCACCAUCACCGUGCACCUCCGGAAAGACAGCCUCGGCCACCUCAGGCUGGUUGCCAACCCACUGAAGGAGAACCGGGGGCCCUUCAAGGUCUCCACGGAGUCAGCGGCAGUGGCGAUAUGGCAGACGCUCCAGCAGACCACCGGUGGCAGUGGCGGCGCCCGCCCCCUUGCCGAGUGGCAGCAUGCCCAGCUGGCACAUUCGCUCAAGGAGAGCCCAGCCACAGCGCUCCUGAGGUCCGAGUUCCACCUCAACGCCCAGGUCUCCUCGCUGGUGGAAGAUGCCAACAGGAACCAGGCUGAGAGGAGGAGCUUUAACCCGUGGGGCCUCUACUGCCACCAGGCCCACCUGACCCGCCUGUGCACCGAGUACCCAGAGAACAAGCGGCACCGGUUCUUGCUGCUGGAAAACGUCGUGUCACAGUACAAGCAUCCCUGUAUCCUGGACCUAAAAAUGGGGACCCGGCAGCAUGGGGAUGACGUGUCCGAGGAAAAGAAGGCCCGCCACAUGAGGAAGUGUGCGCAGAGCACGUCGGCCUGCCUGGGCGUGCGCAUCUGUGGCAUGCAGGUUUAUCAAGUUGAUAAGAGGCACUUUCUCUGCAAAGACAAGUACUAUGGACGAAAACUCUCAGUCGAGGGCUUCAGACAAGGGCUCUGUCAGUUCCUGCACGACGGCACGCGCCUCCGGACAGAGCUCCUGGAGCCCAUCCGGCGCCAGCUCCAGGCCCUUCUCUUGGUCAUUAGGAGCCAGAGUUCAUACCGGUUCUACUCCAGCUCUCUCCUCAUCAUCUACGAUGCGCAGGAGCCGGCGGAAAGAGCCCCGGACGGCCUGCACCCUCAGAAGGUUCUGGAGACAGCCCAUGGCAGCUCUUCCUGCUGUGUCGCCAAGGUUGACAUCCGGAUGAUUGACUUUGCUCACACGACAUACAAGGGCUCCCAGAACGAGCACACCACCUACGAGGGACCAGAUCCAGGCUAUAUUUUUGGUCUGGAAAACCUCAUCCAGAUCCUGCAGGAUAUCCAGGAGGGAGAAUAAGACUUGGUGAGCCCAGCCAGAUUUUUCUGGAGUAUAGAUCUUAAAAGGGACCUAUUGGUAGCUAAGAUAGUCUAGACAACCCUUAGAUGUCUUUGUAAUAACUAUAUCUACAUUCAGAAGCCAUCUCUUUACAUGGCAGGCUAUGUUAACAGCUGCUAAAGAAACCAGCUCUAGAGGUAAUUCCACGUACCCUGGCAUCUUGGCUAAUGCUGGUCAUCGCAGGCUGGACAGUCAGUACAAAAUGGGACCAUCUUGGAGGACAGUGGAGGGUGCAAUAUGAGUUGGAGGCCAGCAUUACAGCGAGAUUCUGAGGUAUUUGCAUUUAAAAAUGCUUUCUUGUCAUGCGGCAGUUCUCACAAGCUGUGAGAAACCUUACUUGAAGAAGCCUUGAAGAAUGAGUUCACGAGUUCAUGGUUGUCUGCCUGCAUGGGCUGCCCAUCCAAGGGCACACGGAGCUAAUGAAUCUCUUCCCUUCCUGAGAGGCCCUGGAGGCGGGGCAGCACGCAGUGGGCAGAUCUGCCCAUCUCAUCAGCUGUGUACCCAGGUUCUGAAUGGACAAGGACCACCCCACACACGGCGCUGGCAGGCCGAGAGCACGGGUUCUCCACUUUUGCCUGUGGAGAGAAGGGUCUUGCCCCUUUACAGACUUCCAGGUACCUGCUGGAAGUGAUGAUUCUGCCAGAUUCUGACCACAAAAUGGCCCUGACCAUGAAAUGCAGCUUCCAGUGGCGGUGGACUGCGCAUAAGGAGAAGCCACUGAAGUUACACUACACUCUCAGCUUAGGCUUACUAUUUAUUUAUUUUGGGGGUUGGGAGGGGGGUCAGAAGUGAGGAGCCUGGAGGAAACCAGGCGUGAUGUUUACAAGACUGGUGGACAAGUGUAAAUACGGAACAAAGAGCAAAGUUCUAAUUAAUUCCAUCUUCUGCGGUGUGGAAACCUAUUACGAUGCCCUUGAGUCAAGCACAGAGAUACGUUACCCAAUUAGGGAAAUAAAUUUGUUAAUAAAAUUGCUGAGGUCACCAGUGA